AUGGACGCAUGCCAGACGCUCUGGGCUUUCCCUUUGCAGCCCACAUUGGCGAAAGCGUGGGUGUGGGUGUGGGGGUCUGGACCGCAACCGCAACCUCCUGGAGAGAAUCUCUGUGGGUUCCCGUUGCGCCGUGCCCACGUCCUUGCGUGUUGGACGUUGUUUCCCGGUAUGGUAGCUCGAAGCAUUGCGACUUUCCACUAUUACUACCAACCACCAACUACUUCUGCUACUCGUACGAGCAUUAGCAUUAGCACUAACGUUGCGCACCGGACGACCGCUACGGAUACGUUUCGUUACGUUACGUUAAUUUUCUACCACCGCCACCACCACCACUACGAACGAUACGAUACGAUACAAUUUCAUACAAUACAAUCCACUACGAUCGUGACAAUCCCUCCCGUAAGUCGUGUCAUGGAGUCGACGGCAGCCAACGAGACGUCCGUGAAAGUCGUCGUACAGGACCAACACGAAGAAGUGCUCGAACCACUCGAGUCAUUGGAAGUGGACCUUGACAACGAUGAGUAUGCCGACAUUAUCGACGGCGAUGAUUCGGUCCAGCCAGAAUCCUUCCCGCCUCCGACACCAACAACACGCCAGGCACUGAAUGAUUUCGAACCCACCAACAGAGAGUCGGACGAUGACAACAACCACAACAACAAUACCGAAAGCCAUACUCGUACCGAUCACCACAAUGCAAAGGCGGGUGCUUCAGAGACGGAACCGGCCGGAGAAGAUGAUCGGCAGCUCUCGGCAUACGAACGCUUACGACUGGAACGUAUUCGCCGCAAUCAACAAAAAUUGGCCCAACUCGGACUCGAAGGAAGAACCAGCGCCGCCGGAGGCUGGGGUCCACGUUCGCGUCCCAAAAAGCCCAAACUCUUGCGGAAAAAGGCCGACGAACCCGCACAGCAACGAUCCAGUCUAUCGCGACGCACCAAAACUGAACCCAAAAAUUACGCCGAACCGCCAAACUCCGUAUCGGCCUUGUUGCGCAAACAAGGCGAAGAAGCGGCCGCUGCGAAAAAGGAUCAACCCUUGGAGAAGAAAAAAACCAAGGAUCUGAGUGAACGGAUGGAAAGAUUUGUGCACUUGGAGUUCAAGCGCAUCCGUGGUCACAAAACACUCGUACACAAACAGGCGAAACGAGACCUCCGCCAGGCCGAACGGGAACUGAAGUACUGGAAGUCCAUCGCGAAUAAGCAAAAACGCCGAGAAAUGCGCAAAGCGGAAAAUAGACAAAGUCUCAAAACGAAACAGGAAGAAGAACGACGGCUCUUGGGUGGAACGAUCAAGGAAGUUUUACAACAAAUCGACGCGCGGAUGCCCGAACUCGUCCAGGCGGCUGCGGAAUACGACGACAAAUAUGAGCACAAACCGAACGGGACCCGCAAAUUGGUUGCCGAUCAAGUCUUUAACGCUGUGUUUUUUUUUUUUGCGCAGUCCGCAGUAUCGCUCUUGAACACGACAUUACUGGACCGGGCUCCACGAGAGCCAGCACCGACCCGUCGAAGUCGUAGAUCCACUGCCGAGGAAAUCGUCACACCCCUAAAGUUAGCACAGAAUCAAUUUACUGCCAAUUCUCCGGAAGAAGAGGAUACGUACCGAAACGUUGCCGACAAAGAAGCAAUAGCCCCGGAGGACGAUGAAACCUCUAACGGAAGAGAUCGGCCUGGUACGAAACGGAAACGAAAUGCUCGGAAUGUUGGUGGCUGGGUUUCUCCUCAAUUUGCGUUCGAGAUUGAUAGAUCAUGGCUUGACCAGGACAACACAAAAGCGCACUUUGAUUUGUAUUCAUACGUACCACAAACUGGGGAUACUGUGUUAUACUAUCCAGCCGGGCAUCGCGCAUAUGUUAAAGACUAUCCCGAUAUCCUGGGAAAAAAGACGAGGCAGAUUACUAGACUUCCUCUUUGGGAACGCGCGGUCAUUGAGCGGGACAAAAUAGACAGAGGCGAGGGGCCCAAAACCGGUGACAGUUCCUUGAAUGUUUGGUGGACGGAUGAGUGGUUGGAGGGCAUCGAAGGUGACCUGGGAAAAUAUCCAAUACUAUGUCGAGUUCACGCCACAAAUGCUGAAUUUCCGCCGGAUCGAUUCACUAAAGUAAUAAAAAAAGGGGAGAUUUCUUGGAAAGAUCCUAAAGAGCAAACCAAAAGAACGAAAGAAUCAUCAAGAACACCUCUACGACUGGCCGUCACACUACGGCCGUUGGCACCGGUUGUUCCUCCUCCUAAGGAAUCCAGCGGCGAUGCCUUGGCCAGCAGUACUCAACCAGAUCUGCUCCCAUCACGUUUCAAGGAUGACCAACCGUUGGCUCUUCCUCCAUUCUUCACAGUUGUGACGUUCCCUUCGCAGCAGAAGCCGUUUAUAGUCCCUUUUGCAUGGGCUUACUCGAUUUCCAAUUCGCUUUGCCUGGAUCAAAGCGUAGUAGAAAAAGGAAGGGAGGCUUCAAAGUUGCACGUCCGUUCCUUUGAUACCCUAUCCGACACUUCAUAUUCUCGAUUGGAUGACAGAAUUGAGGCUCUGCAAGUAUUCUUAAAAAAAUGCACCAGAGGACCACGCGGAAAAUUGAGUUUGCCGACCGAUUGUUUAGAAUCAGCAGGGAUGCUGUCGCUAGCAGAAACAAAUGUGUUGCUUGAUUUCUUCGACCAUUUUGUAAAAGACAGACAGUCUGAUGUUUCUGAUACCCAAGCCGUGGUAGGUUUUUUUAACUUGGUCAGGUCCACAUUGCCUUUAUGGAACGGCGUCUCUGUUGUCCACAGCCCGGACGAGAAGAAAGACAGGAAGAUCUCACCGUGGGACCUCUCCCUAUGGAAGAAACGAAUGAUGAUUCCAGAUUAUUCGCCAGAUAAUUUGUCAGAUGCGUCGUUGUCGAUGGACGAUCGACUGCGGGAUCGGAUAGAACGCGUAAUCGACGACAUAGCAAAGAAUGACUCAAAUGCAGAACUUUUCCGGUCUCCUGUAACCGAAGAAGAUGCUCCCUCUUAUCCCUGCGCCGUACCUCUUUCAAUUUCUCUUGACAAAAUUAUUCGUCGCUUGAAAGGGGGAAAAUCUGGCAGUCAAAGGUGCUAUUAUCGGAAUACGGAUUCACUUCUGUCGGAUGUAAGUUCGCUUUUGGAGAAUUGUCUGCUGUACAACAGUCCAGAAUCAUCACUCGUUGAAACGGCGGUGGCGCUCGUUUCAAAAAUAAAGGAUGAAAUUUCUCGGGUUGCGAAAGACCAUUUUAAAGAAGUGAUACAAGCAAAAAAGGCGGACGAGGAAAGAAAAAGUCGUAUACUUAGGCAUUGUGAGGCUGUUGAUCCUGCUGAAAACUGCGGCAUCACGGAUAGUCUGAAGGAGCUGUAUGUCAUGAGCUCCAUAAGGAAGCCUUACAAAGAUCAAAUCGAUUUAGAGUGGCUGCAACAAACGACAGAGAUCGUUGAGAAUCGAGACACCGGCGUUUCUACGCCACAUCGAAGCUGGGUGCCGCAAGCUGGCGAUGAUAUUCUAUACUGCCCUUCACUACAUUCAGAAUUUGUCAAAGCUCACUUUAGCUCACUUGAGCCCUAUCAGUGCAUCGUGCACAAUCUGCAAGACUACAACCUAAAAAACAAGAAUGAAGCCGCUGACGACUCGACCGCUUUAACGAAAGAAGGAUUCAGUGACAAAUUUCUAGAAGGAUGGGUGAAAGGUCGCGUGAUUUGGGUACGCAGCUCGUUCCCAAAAUAUUCAACCAAGAAGGAUGGCGUGGAAGCAAAAACGUUUCCUUCGAAUUCGUCGAUUUUGGUGGCGGGGAUCAAAUUGGAGCCUGAUUUUGAUGACACCAAGCCUCGGAUUAUCUGUUGGAGGCCUUGCAUAUUUGAUUAUUCUGUCUGCAAGAUUUGUGGUCUAUCUACACAAUCGUUUUUCAAGCCUUGCGACGGGAACGAUGAAGCUUUUGAAGAAUCAAAGCUGUCGCUUUCGCUGAUUGAGCUGCAAACGAUAGAUCGGUGUUUCAACUUUCUCAAGAAACGCUGCAUUCAAGGAACCGAACCAAGCUACAUCGACCAUCAGUUGACUAGAGCAAAUGUUCGACAAGGCUAUCUCCCUCCGUCUGGCCGGUCCUCUGCAAAAUCACUUCCCGCUUUUGAGCUUGCUUACAAGGACGCGCAAAAGGCGAAGGUGAAAGGCACAAGAGGGGCAAAAGUAUCUGUGUGCCCUGGGAUUCCGGAGGCAUUGAUACGGCAUCUCUUAGAUUUUGGAUUUCUUGCUCCUUUUGUACUCUCGUCUGGGAAAAGCAACAAGGAAAAGUUACACAAUGACGGCAUGAUAUCGCCUUGGCCAAAAAUGUCUCUAGAAUUGAUACACUCUCGGGUCAAAAAUGGUUUUUAUCGCCACCGGGCUGCAAUUCUGAACGAUGUCAUAGAAGCAUACUCUUCGGUGGUUUUCCUAGUUCUAGUUGAAGCAGGCAAAAGAAAGCGCUCUCUUCUAAGUAUAAGGCGUAUCGCUCGAGCUCUGGCAGCUUCUAAAAGUCAUAGCAAUGGAGAGGAAGAAACAGUGAUGGUAGAUACCAAGACCAUUGAUCAAGAAGAAAUUGAUCUACUCAAACGGAUCCGAAAAAUUCGAGAGCUAUACGCAACAGCUCUUGUGGUGGUUUCCGAUACAAUUCACAGCGAAAGGAUUUUUGGGUUGGUCGACCGACCAUCUCUGAAGCAUAUACCAAAAUCUACUGAACCGGUACUGGUUCAGAGCCCCGAGCAGAUACAGGCUAGGAAGCGGUUGGAAUAUAUCCUAUUGGCUUUGAGUCGAGACCAGCUGCAAAACACUUUCCCGUCCAUCGAAUCCAACGGGACAACUUUUCCGACGAUAAAAGUCAAGUUGUCUUUCGGCGGAAAGCUGCUGAUGACCAAAAUGCGUGUCAGUGUGGAUAAGUUUGCCGUGGGCUUUUUGGGUACCAAAGAAGUGAAUUUGAAGAUCAGGCUGAAUGGUCGGCAGUUCACGAUGGAGAGAGCCGCUCCACAGCUUUUGACAGGAAGCUCGGCUCUUAAUGACCUGUCAACAAACGAUACAAACACCCGAGAUUCAACGAAAGUAGCGAAAGGCAGAGAAUUUAAACACGUUUUGUGCGAUUCUGUUUGUUUCGACCACGAAGACUACGAAGGAAAAGAUAGCCUCGUGAAACUUUUUUUCGGAAGACCUGGUAGACUGCAUCCUUGUGCUAGAUGUCAAGCUUACCGUCGAUCUCUACUCAGUUGUCGUGUACGGCGUUCACAUUCAAAUGUGGAUUUCGAUUGGGUCGAAAAUUUCAGCACUACCGGUGGACUGGAAAAGCUGUUAAAGCAGAUGAACCCCGAAUGGCCCGAAUGGGAAGUCUGUGAGGUUGGAAAAAGCUCUACAGACAACACUUUAGCAUCGGAAAAACCUCUACCGUCUCCUUUAGAAGAAAUCGAGAAAGAAGAUGGAAAUGAUAACGACGACGGGGAUGCCGAUGAAGACGGGGAUCCCGAUGUCGAAGAUGGAACCCAAGAGGUCGAUGAAGAAGAGGAGGAAGACGAGUUGGCGUUGGAGUUGGCAGACCCCCAGCAAAUGAUUGAGAAAGCUGAGAAGACACUGUGCCUUGCAAAAUCUGUUCAGCAAGAGGCUGACGUAUACUACAAAGCUCCGGUUCGUUUGAGCAAAGCAUUUGUCGAAACCGCCUUUCCGAUCGACCCAACGGACGGUCACUGCGUAUAUUGCAUUGUGUGUGGACUGAGCGGCGACCUGCUAUGCUGUGACGGAUGCGCUAACGUUGUCCACGGCAAAUGUAUUGGAUUGACUUCGUUUCCAGAGGGAGAUUGGUUUUGCGAAGAGUGUCUUCACAAGAAGUUGAUACAGAAUGGCCUAGUAACCAAUCGACGCCGGGGCAGUAGUGACGCUGCUCCUAUCAAAGGCAAUGGAGACUUAAGGUUAGCAGAGGAGAACGGACAUUGUCCAAAAACCGCUGUGAAGUUUGACGCAUUUGGUCGAUUCGAGUUCGACGAUGAACAUGCAGAGAAAGUGUCGACGCUUCUAGACGAGCUACGUGCUGGACGGCCCGAGCAACCGCGAAAACGAAAACCUGCACCUGGUCAGUCAUUAGGGUCAAACAAAAUAGCCGGAAUACAGCGAAGAGCAGAAUUUUUGCAACAACCUAUUGUCUUGGGAGGUGAACUCUCCGGUCUUGUGCCGAUGGCACGGAAGUUUUUGGGUGCGGUGGGGAUUGAAACUGCAGAUGCCUUCCUUUCCAUGCGGACCACUGACCUUGCCAAACGGUUCGCAACAUGGCGUCGCAAGACUGGAAUGGCAAAAUUAAAUGGAAGUGGGGAGACGGCAUAUGUCAGUUCAUGGAAAAGCGCGUGUCGGAAACUUUGUGGCGAUAUUGAACACAAGAUGGUGUACCUAUCCGAUCCAGGAGAUGACGACGACGACGGGUCUUAUUCUAAACGAAAAGUGCGACGCCGAAAGAAGGGCAAGACUCGCCCGAACACAACAGGUAAUCGACGGCGUCGCCUUGAUCUACAAAGCCUUACGGAUCCGUUAGAGGCUUUAAGCACCGUCAACCAACAGUUUUUGGCCACCAUUGAUAUCUCAACCGCGAAAGAAUUUCUCACAACUCGUACGGGGGACAUUGCGGAAGCACUCGUCAAGUGGCGAAUAAAAGAAGGUCUUCCGCGCUUGAAAGGAAACGGAGAAGUAGCAACAAUCAGUGCGGCAAAGACAUCCUGUCGUAAAAUUGCCAGAGAAAUGGGCUGGACAAAGGUAGCGGACAUUGAAUCUGCAGGUCGGGCAGUAUUUCAGAGGAAGGAAAUACGUGAAGAGUCCAACCCGAGAAAGCGAAAACUCUCCACCCCACAAGUUGCGACUCGACGGCAAGCGAGUAAAGCUAGUGAUGAUGUUGAGUCCGACGUGGAAACCGAAAAUGAAGCUGACGCUCCUAGCCAAGGAGAAAAAAACGGCUUAUCAAAGGAGAAGCCGUUGGCGAAACGUCGGAAGCGAAACACCGUCGAACCAGUCGUUAACACGUCAGUCGCGGUCGUCACUUGCGAAAGCACAGCCCGACGCCCUGGUAUGCGGACCUCUCGAACCCCCGACCGUUUCGGUGUCGUUGCUGCGCCUCCGCAGAAGCGACGCCGAAAGGUUUCACCCAAAGACGCCGAAGAGCCCAGUGAAGUUUUCGAUCUCGAAUUCUCCGCUGCCACCAAUGUGCAAAGCUUGCUUUUGAAGCAAGUUCCCGGUAGGAGAAGACGUUCCAGGUCCCGAAAGAAGUAGGUAGACGUCGUAACAGUGGCUUUUCCUUUUUCUCAAUACAUUAGUUGUCUUCUAAGAGUUUUUA